UUGGAUGGAACGAUAACUUGAAGAUGAUGACAGCAUCUCCCACAGCAUAUGCUACUUAUGUUAAGGAAUAUCCAAAAUAUGAAAAGUUUUUGAAUAGAAAAAUUGAUAUGUAUGAGGAGAUGGCUAUAGUAGUGGGUAAAGAUUUAGCACGGGGGAACUUCUCCAAGACAUUUUCCGACAUCGAUGUUGAUGCUUCAAUGGAAAGUGGACAACCAAGUAUGACUAUUGAUAGUGUGCCUUCCAAGGCUGAGAGUAAGGCUGAUAGUGGUACCUCGUCGGGCUCAAGGCCACAUCGAAAGAGGUCUCGAACUGACGAAGGAUCGGAAAUGGAACACAUUUCAGCACAACUUCAAGAAGUGGUUAGUGCUCUCAAAAAAUUUUCAAACAAUCAACUUGAUGUGGAGAAGCUUUAUGACGAAAUUAUGAAGAUGGAGGACAUUGAAGAAGGGGUGCGUGUUGCUGUUUUUGAUCACUUGGUGGAGCGCGAAAUGCUUGCAAAAGCAUUUUUGACAAAAAGCUUUCCACUACGCAAACUUUGGAUCGAAAAGCUGCUGGAAGCUGCUUUUCCUGCCCCCUUGCUAUUGGCUGCUAUAUGCUGUUAUAUGGGUUGUGUUGCCGUGGAAAAGGAAAGGAGGGAGCAAGUUCUUCUACUUCCUCUUCUUCCACUUCGUCUUCCUUGCCCCAAGCUUGGAUCCUUCCUCCACUUGGUUAUAAGAGAAUUAACACUGAUGGCUCAUGGAGGAGCAUUAACGUUGCUGCAGAGAUGCUCAGCUCUUGCCAUGGCUGAUGCCGUUAAGGUGGAGAAGGUGGAGUUACACACUGAUUCCGUCCCUAUCAAGGUGAUGUUUGACACUAUGGACGCUAUCAUCCACCAUGAAUUGGCUGCUGCCAUCAAUGAUGUUGUUGCUGGGAAUAAGAAGCUUGAGGAUGUAAAUAUCAUUCACAUAAGAAGGGAUCUCAACUUUAUUGCUCAUGAGCUUGCCGAAAUUGCAAUGAUAUAA